AUGGCUUGGGCAGUGAUUAAUGUGGAGAACAAGCAGAAUUGGAAGUGGUUUUUAGAGCUUCUAAUUGUUGAUCUAGACUUGAAUUUAGGCAAUGGUUUCACUUUAAUGUCAGACCAACAUAAGGGACAACAAUGGGGAAAUCAUAUUUGUCCAGAGAUAAGGGAUAAGGUGAAUUUGCUUAAAAAAAUUCGAAGGCAUUAUCAGUUGAAUAGAUAUGGAUGUGCUCAUUCUGUAGCUAGCAUAUCCUUUCUUAAUAAGGAUGUAGAAGCCUAUGUAGACAACAUGUUUAGCACAACCACAUUUAGGAAGGCAUACAAUUAUAGAAUUUCCCCCAUGAAUAGCAGUGACAUGUGGCUAGAGACAAAUUAUACUCCACAAUUGCCUCCUAUUAGUAGAAGGAUGCAAGUUAGGCCAACUACUAAGAGGAAGAAAUCCACUACAGAGAAUAUAGGAACAUACAAGGUUAGUAUAAGUGCACCACAACAACAUAAGGAGGUUGAAAUGACUCCAAUUGAGAUGGAUACAACUCAAAAUGAUAUGCAAGCUACUCCUACUGAUGUUGAAUCCAGUAGUGCAAGGGAUUUUAGUCAUUUUAUGCAAUUUACUCCACCUAGAAGUUAUGAAGAUGAUCAGGAUGAGGAAGCUGUUGUGGGUGAGGAAGUUAAGAAGGGUGUUGUGGGUAAGGAAGUUGUUAUGGGUGAGGAAGCUGAAGAUGGUGGUAAUGCUCAAGAGUUUAAUCCUAAUGUCCAAGUUGUUGAUAUUGUACAAAUUAAAGAGUUUGUCCAUGUUAUCCAGGUUCAACAAGUAAGGGUUAGGCCCAUUUCAGAUAUUUUGAAGAGGAUAAGGAGAAGAAAGUCAGAGAUAAUAUUGAAGCUGAAAUUAGGCAAAACAAUUGGUGGUGUUGAUGAUCCACGAAAUUCUAAGGGAAAAGCUCUUGUAAUUGAUUAUUGUUGA